GCCACUUUCUCCCCGCGCAGCGCGCACCAGACAGUAGUUGCUGCUAAAACACGCCAGAGACGGUAAGUAACCUUGAUUUAGCUAACGUUGCUGCUGUUUCCGUGUUUGUCAGUGAAUCCAAGGGGAUGUUGGUCGCUAACUUUAACUAGGUCGGCAUCCAUUUUCACCUGCUAGCUUACGGUACAGUUUGAACGUUCAUCUCUCACCUCAUCCCCUCAAUCUACGCCCGGCCCCCGUCCACCUGCCAUCUGGGGGUUCCCCUGUGGGUUUUCCCUCCCCUUCUUGGGUUUCCCACAUGGAAAAAAAAAUCUCCUCCCUAAGGGGAAACUUGAUAGUCACGUGACCUAUUUGCAAAUCAAUGUAAAUGAAUUGGCCAAAAAAUACGUGACAUCGUAACGUUUUUUGGGGGGGAAAGAUUACAUUUAUUAUUGUGGACCAACGUAGCUAUUACACGUUUUUUUUGGAGACUGGGUUGGCAAUGCUCUCAUUUGGCUUGCAGUUGAUAAUGUUAUCUUGGCCCACACAAAAUAAUGUCAUUGGUUUGAACAUUGUAUAUAUUGUGAGAUGUAUGUUCCUGUUCAUGUGCUUUUUACAUGUUUUUUCUAUAGAGCAUUGUUGUGACAAUGCAGUAAAUAACGCUAUGACCAUAUUAGGCACACAAGGGAACCGAGGGAUGAAGGAGUACAGGAAGCGUGAAGAUAAAUCACUAUCUGACACAGUGCUCCUGGCACAGAAUGGUACAGAGGGAGGGGGGGCACCUGGGCAUCUUGGACAAUAGCCGUCUUAGACCAGAACCAGCUCAAACUAGUCUUCAAGGACGUGAGGAGAUUAUAAAAAGGGUCAGAGUCGGACAACAGGCAGACUCUUGGAUGGAUUGCUCGACGAUACGUGUGUAGAGUCUCGAGGUGCACCUGCGGGGAAUUGCUCAAUGUAUCUAUUUCUCUUCUAAAUAAGUGUUAACUUUUUAACUUGACGUGCCGGAUUCUUUUCAUCAACCAACUCGGGGGGUUUGAAAAUCCCAACAAUAUAUACUGUAUAUACCUGGUUUGUGGGGAAAUUGUCACACCUGUAUGUCAAGUUGCGUUUUUGUCCUGUCUCCACAGUUGUUUUUUGACUUCCUGUUUUAUUUUGGAAACUAACUCCCUCUCAUUUCAGGUCCCUUGCCCUUCCUCAUGUGUCACCAGUCUGAUUGGCUGUUUCUCAAUAUGCGUUCUUGUGUGGACUUUUGUUCUCGUGGACUCGUGAAACGUCAUCAGUCGCAGCCCGAGUACUGUUCCAAUUCUCAAGUCCGCAUCUGGCCGAGAACGGUCAUAAUACCCGGAUGUGGCUCGCCCCGCCCAUUUUACCGGGCAUGCAUCGGAGCAGGCUCGUCUGUUCUUGUGAGAGACAUAUAUCCCAGAAUGCAUUUCACCUCAGCAACAGGCAACAACGACAGAGGAAAAUAAACACAACUUUAUGUCGAAGUUUAUAAAUACUACUUUUUUUAAGUAACGUAAUGUAAUUUUCUGACUGAGUAGUAAAAUGUUUAAGUCAAAAACUAAAAUAAAAACGUAUUAGCAAGAUCAGCUGACGUGGUGACGUCAUCAAGUCAGCUGCUGUUCCAACUGCGGAAAUGACCGUUCUCCGUUCUCCCGAAACCUGCGAGUCAGGACUCCCGAGUCUGUCUCCCGAGUCUAUUCUUGCGGGAACGCGAGUCCGUUCUCGCCGUCUUAGGUAUUGAGAAACGGCCAUUGUCUCCCCUGAUUCCUGAUUGUGUCCACCUGUUCCCACAACUCCCUCAUGUGUACUUGUAGUCUGCGUCGCCCCUUGUCCUGUGCCAGUGUGUCUUGUUGUUUUACCCUGCACACCAGCCCUCACGUCAAGCGUCAAGUCCGGUGGAGAUGGUCACGUCAUUUUUGAUUCCUGUUAUAUUUCCUCGUUAGAGAGUUUUUGAGUUUUUUGCCUUUGGGAUUUUGAUCACGACCUUUGUGUCCUCAUUGCGAGAGAUUUUGAUUUUUUUCGGUUUUGUUAAUAAUAAAAGCAUUGUCAGCUGAACCCUCUCUCUGCGUCCUCCUCCUCCUCCUCCUCAGCCACCUGCCUGACAGAAAUAACCAAUCACUGUAUCUUGCGGGACUCGCUCACACGAGAGCGCAGCCUUGGGGUGGCGGCACAAGUAUAAUUCUUUUUUAGGACGCUGAUUGGCUAAAUUAUGGGACACACAUAUAUCUUUGAUUAGUAAUUGGCUCUUUUGGGCCUGGCCCGAGCCAAGCUGAGACAUGCAGACAGACUAGGUAUCUUAUUACAAACAUUACUUGGUAUAUUCCAUAUUUCAAAUACACAAACCUUUACAAUUCAUAAGAUGUAUUAAUAUAAUAAUAAUAAUAAUAUUAUGAUAUAUAAAAAAAUAUGUAUAAACAUUUUUUUGUGUCUCAAGGUGUGACCAGACCCCACGGACCUCUAUUGUACAGCCGCCACUGAACUCUGAUGCCUCUGAUGAGCACUGCUAGUUCUGUCAGCACUUGCUAUCAUUGCAUGAGGUGCCAGGUCGCCUUCGCCAUGUUGAGGGAUGUUGAGAGGGAGAAUACAAUGCUUUGAAUCUUUGAAUGUUAGGGGUCGACUGUGGGUGAGUUUGAAGCAUGGCCAUCUUCCAAUCAGAUGGUUGGUGCUUUGGUCCCAUGCCCAGCUGACCCGCAUGAAGAACUGAUUUGUUUCAUCUACAUUCAUCACAUCACCAGGCAAGCAGGGUCCCAUAACCAGUAAUAGAUGUAUUUCUGUUCCAAAGGCUCUUUGUGUUACUAUUGGACAUCUGUCCUUCAACUCUGUCCAUUUAGGCUUACACUGUUUGAUUACAGCUUUUACUCUAGAAAUGCUCUCUGUGCCCGGCUUUCAUUAAACCGAUGGAGAAAUAUAAACAACUUGAACAAUUAUGUCCGAGAACUCCCCGGGAAAAUACUAUGGAUCACGAGCAACUCAAUGUUUGGGUCACAAACGCUCUCUUUCACUGUGACAUGACCAGAAUGACACCACCGGUCAUUCACGUAAAGCCAGGUGACAGAUUUGCCAGAAAGGGGGCGGCACCUCAAAUGUGUACAAGACAAUUGUUUUUUGUCAGAUGGUUUUGCUAAAAUGUAUCUGAUGUUAGAGAAUGGAUAUAAUUUAGUUUUCAAUAAUGCAUAAGAUAUGGAUAGAUAAGUCUUUGUCACAUAUGAAUAGGAAGUUUGUGCCCUUCUCUCAUUGCAUGGGGAGUUGCAUGUUUCUCCCGCAUGGGGACUGCUGGUCCCAGUGCAGGACAUCAACAAUAAAACUGAUAUCCUGGGGAUAGAUGGAUGAAGUAGUGGACCAAUGACACUGAGGCUUAACCUUCUUGUUUACUGUGGUGCAGCAUCACACAAGGUGGAAGUUACAUCAGCGGAUCUUUAGCAUCAUUAACGCGGUGAUCUCAUGUGCAUUAAUGGAACACAUAAGGUUGUCUCCGAGGAAAUGAGUUGGCUCAAGUGUCACAGGCCAGUGUUUAAUCAAGAUAAACUUUCCUUAAAGUACUUGUUUGUCACAAAUACACUAGAAGUAUGCAUCUUUAUUGAGUCUAGUUGAGUUGUUACUUGUUAUGCUUGACAUUUUAUGAAACGUUUUGAACUAAAUCAAUACAAUCAAAACAGUCAAUAACAUAUUUUCCUCAAGUACAGUAGCUAAAUCAUGUUUAAGAAUAUGUUCAGUUUACUGCUAUUCAUAGUAUGAUUCAUCCUGUAAACAGGGUUAAAAUAACUUCUUCAUAAAAUCACCAUCAUCCAGCUUCACAACCAGGUCAUCAUCCCACCACAAAUCGGAGACAUGACAUAAUAUUCAAAGCAUUUUAUUUUGCCUCUUAACAGCCCUCAACAUGGCGAGGCAAGCCGGCACCUUGUGCAAUGCUAACUAUGCUAGAACUGGCAGUGGUCAUCAGAUGGGGAACCGGUUGUGGGGCUCAACACUUCCGUGAAAAUUCUAUUGGUCAGGAUGACGAUAUCAAGUGUAAGAGCCAUACAAGAACAUUGCUGAGAUUCUUUGAAUUUCCACUUCUUAUCAUUAAUGUUUUGGGUCAACUUUGAAUUAAAUUCGUAUUGUUUUCUAUGCAUGAAUUCCCAGCGUUUUUUUCUUCCACUUUUACCUCUUUCAGAUCAAAACAGAAUAAAAAACCUACAUAAAGGGGAGAUCGUUAAGUGAAGCCAUUGUUAGAGAUUUGCCAGAAAGGGGGCGGCACCUCAAAUGUGUACAAGACAAUUGGUUUUGGUCCGAUGGUUUUGCUAAAAUGUAUCUGAUGUUAGAGAAUGGAUAUAAUUUAGUUUUCAAUAAUGCAUAAGAUAUGGAUACAUAAGCCUUUGUCAUAUAUGAUUAUGAAGUUUGUGCCCUUCUCUCAUUGCAUGGGGAGUUUUUGCACAGAGUUGCAUGUUUCUCCCGCAUUGGGACUGCUGGUCCCAGUGCAGGACAUCAACAAUAAAACUGAUAUCCUGGGGAUAGAUGGAUGAAGUAGUGGACCCAUGACACUGAGGCUUAACCUUCUUGUUUACUGUGAUGCAGCAUCACACAUGGUGGAAGUUACAUCAGCAGAUCUUUAGCAUCAUUAAUGCGGCGAUCUCAUGUGCAUUAAUGGAACACAUAAGGUUGUCUCCGAGGAAAUGUGUUGGCUCAAGUGUCACAGGCCAGUGUUUAAUCAAGAUGUACUUGUUUGUCACAAAUACACUAAAAGUAUGCAUCUUUAUUGAGUCUGGUGGAGUUGUUACUUGUUAUGCUUGACAUAUAUACGGUAUAUGACUAAUAUGACUUCUUACCAAAAUGCUAAUUUGUUAUUUAUGUGGCAUGUAAGAACAUAUAAAACCAAUGUGCCCCCAAAACUUCAAGAUAACUCAAAUGUGUUGGGUGCCUAGAAGUGUUACAAGAGACCAUCGUGGAAAAAUGACUUCAGUUGAAAUCAAUGGUAAAACCCUAAAGGCUCUACUGGAUUCAGGCAGUGAUCAGACCCUUGUACACAAACAUUUUGUACCACCAAAUUGCAUUAGCACAAAUGAGACUAUCCCUGUUUGCUGUGUCCAUGGGGAUGAAAAAUCCUACUCAACAGCAGACGUGUACAUCACGGUACAAGGGCAGACCUACCUCCUAAACAUUGGCGUUGUCCUGCUGUGCUUGUUCGAGACCAGCCAGUGUUGUUUGAGUUAUUGAAUGCCAGCCAUGACUAAUGUGGCAGUGAUCAGAAGCGAAGAAGGUGGAGGAGCCCUUCCAGACACUUAGUGCCCUGCCUUUGUAUGAUGCAGAUCUGGAAACUGCACCCGUGAAAACUCGUAAGUCACGCAAACAAAGGAAGCAAGAGAAAUUUCGCCAAACUAGCUUCUAACCCUGAGCCUGAACUGCCCUUGGCUUUCAGAAUCCCUAAUAAUGUCAUUGAAAUGCAACAGAAAAACUCCACAUUAACAAGUCUCUUGCAGAGAGCUAUGCAGGAGGGACGGGACAGACCAGGACUCCAGUGUGAAUAAGGACCUCUUCCUAAAAAGUGGUAUUCUGUAUCGUCGGCAGGGAUCGGACGUGCAGCUGGUGGUGCCCAGAACGGCAAGGGAAACAGUGCUGGGAUUGGGGCAUUCUGUGCCGUGGGCUGGCCAUCUUGGAAAACACAGAACCUUUGCUUACAUUAAAAAACAUUUCCACUGGCCGGGCUUGCGUGCAGAUGUAGCUUUGUUCUGUAAAAGUUGUCCUCAGUGCCAGAAAACCUCCAUCAAAAUUCCCUUUAGAGCCCCACUGCAGCCCCUACAGAUUAUCACUACAGCUUUUGAGCGGUUGGGAAUGGAUAUUGUUGGCCCUGUGGAAAGGAGUAAAGCAAAAAACUGUUACAUGCUGGUAAUAACGGACUAUGCCACAAAAUAUCCAGAAGUUUUCCCUUUAAAGUCAAUGAAGGCGAAAACCGCGGCCUUUUGCCUUGUACAGUUGUUAGAUAAUAUAAAAAGAGAAGGAGCAAACGAACGAAUUGAAGGCACGUGUUCAAAAAUUGGAAGCCUGGAUGAUGACAUCUGGAAGAAUUCAGCCAAACAACUUCUCUCGUUCUGGGAGAUCUAUUUGUCAGAUCACAGGUCAAGUAUCAGCGCUGCGUUUGCAAUUCUGUCGGCCUGCAGGCCGGAAGAACAACUAACUAAAAUCAGGAAGAACAUGUUUUAUAACUCUUGUAACACAGAAAAAGAAAAGAUUUCUCUUGGCCCUGAACUGGUGUGUGUGUGUGUGUGUUGUAUGGUGGUUGGUGUGUCCCUAACUCCCUCCAUGCUCGGCACAUCCUGCUUGCCCUCUGACCUUGAAAUCUUCAGCAAAACAGGGCAAUGAUUCUCUAACUUAGCAAUAAGAAAAAGCUUUUGAUUAUCACAGUUUUUUUCAAGGGUCGGUUUUCCUCGUGAGAUUCUCACAGACUCGGAACUAACUUCAUGUUGACGUUGUUACAACAGGUUUACCAGCUUCUUGGUAUUAAGAGCUUGAGGACAACCCCCUACCAUGCUCAAACCGAUGGCCUCACCGAACGCUUCAACCAGACUCUGAAGCAGAUGCUCCGGAAAUUUGUGAAUGACACUAGUACAGACUGGGAUCAGUGGCUGCCCUACCUCCGUUUUGCAUAUAGAGAGGUACCCCCAGGGCUCCACGGGUUUCUCUCCUUUUGAAUUGUUGUAUGGUCAUGAAGUACGGGGCCCCCUCUCUCUGUUAAAAGAUAUUUGGGAGGGAGACCAGGUGGGAAGGUGUGAGGUUAACAUUAUAUCUCAUGUGGUUCAGAUGAGAGACCGACUGGAAAAGAUGAGUGAGCUUGCCCAAUCCCACAUGGCAGAGGCCCAGCAGCGACAAAGGACCUUGUAUGAUCGGUCAGCUUGUCAGAGGUCCUUCAACCCGGGCCAAAAGGUGCUCGUACUCCUUCCCAGUAAUAAUAGUAAACUGCUGGCAAAAUGGGAAGGAGCCUUUGAGAUCCAGCAGAAUAUUGGGCCAACUACCUAUCAGGUGUCCACUCCGGGUAAGCCUCGCUCCAGUAGAGUUCUACAUGUGAAUCUACUUAAAGAGUGAGUGGAGAGACCUGAGAAGAAAGCCGAAGUGUUGCUCAUCAGGAGGAUUCCAAAAGACGAAGAGGUGGAAGAGCAGUAUUUGCCUAUAGCUUCUUCAAUGGAUCUGGAUCUUUGCCACCUCCCGGAAGAAAAGUAACUCCAGGUAAGAACUUUAUGUAAGCCUAAAAUAUUCCAGGACAAUCCUGGAAGGACAAACCUUGUUAAGCAUGACAUUGUGUUGAAAAAGGCAGUCUCCGUGAGACGUUUAAGUUAAAAAAUACCUGAACAUCUGCUGACGGUGCUGAAGGAGGAAGUGUGCCUGAUGCUGGACCUGGGGAUCAUUGAGCCAGCAAAGAGCGAGUGGUGCAAACCAGUGGUCUUAGUGCCAAAGAAGGAUGGCACUAUCCGGUUUUGUAUUGACUUUGGGUAUUUAAAUUCAAUCUUACAAUUUGAUUCAUAUCCUACUCCCUGGAGAGAUGACUUAAUUGAGCACCUAGGAAAGGCAAGGUAUCUAACGAACUUAGAUCUGUGCAAAGGCUAUUGGCAGGUACCACUUACAAAACACUGAGAGAACUGACAGCUUUCCGAACACCCCUGGGUUUGUUCCAAUUCACAGUUCUGCCCUUUGGGCUGCAUGGUGCUCAAGUACUGUGUAGCCUGUCAGACUUUGCUGCAGCAUAUCUUGAUGACAUUGUCAUUUACAGCACCACCUGGGAGGAACACAUGAUACACCUGGGGCCAGUGUUGGAACGUCUCCAGUCUGCCGGGUUGACCAUGAAUUCCUCAAAAUGUGUCUUUGCCAAGGCUAAAACGGAGUUCCUGGGGUUUGUUAUAGGAAAUGUGUUGAUAAAACCGCAGGUGAAUAAAAUCCAUGCCAUCGAGUCCUGUUCCCGGCCAGAGACAAGAAAGGAAGUUCGGUCCUUUCUCGGCAUGGCAGGAUUUUACCAUCGCUUUAUUCCCUAUUUCUCUGCCAGAGCAGCAGCCCUCACAGAUUUGACUGGAUCCAGAUAGUCAACCCUGGUCCAGUGGACACAGGAGGCAGAGGCAGCCUUUCAGGACAUCCCGCAGGCACUGGGUAGAAGCUCUGUCUUGUACAGUCCUGACUUUCAAAAAACGUUCAUCCUUCAAACUGAUGCUUCGGAAAGGGGUCUCGGGGCUGUUCUUCUACAAGGACCUGCAGAGGGACGACACCCAGUGGCCUAUAUUAGCCGCAAUCUGUUCCCGAGAGAGGUCCGGUACUUUACAGUGAAGAAGGAGGCACACGCAAUCAAUGUGGGCCUUGGACUCUUUAAAAUACUUACUCAUGGGACGGGAGUUCACCCUGGAGACUGACCACAAGGCGCUCCAGUGGCUGGAGAAAAUUAAGGACAGUAAUGGACGGAUCACCCUGGCCUGGCAUUGUAGCCAUUCCGGUUCAUUAUCCAUCAUAUUCCAGGAAAGGGUAAUUGUACAGCAGAUUACCUGUACAAAGUACAAAAGCGAUAAAGCAGACGUUUAAAGCAUCCACUAACUCUACUAACAAUAACUAGCUGUCACCUUCAAGUUCGAAUAAUGAAAAUGUUGUGUAGCCCAACCCCCCCAAUGCAUCCAAGAAGAGUAUAAAGAUCAGCAGAGGUUCUUGUUUUGUUCAGUUGGGAGGGUCACAGCAACGAACCGGAGACUUUCAUACUUGGUAGAUACCUAGAGUGUAGAAUGUGACUUCAUGUUCAUAUAAUGUAUGCUAAUUAUUGUGUAAAAUACUGAUGUCUCAUAUAUUUUUCACAGGUGACUGAGAAGACAGGUAUCUGUGUCAUUUAUGAGCCACAGUUAAAAGACCAUUUAAAUACAGGUAGAAUAUUGAGUUGAUGUGUUAUUAAAAAGGGUAACAGACAACACUAUUUCUGUGCCAGCGUUGCUGCUACAUCCUUUAUGACUCACUUUGUUGCACGCAUAGUGCGCAUCAAAAGAAUGGAGAACUCUACGGAGGUUUUGUUCUUUGUGCUGUCUGCUUAUGGUAACAUCGGAAACUUAAAAUACCUGUAUUUCAGCAUGAUACUAUUAUGGUACAUCUUUAUAUGUGUGUCAAACACUAUUCUUAUUGUGGUCAUAUAUGUGGACAGAGAAUUGCAUGAGCCAAUGUAUAUAUUAUUAAGUCAUUUGUUUAUGAAUGAAAUAAGUGCAAGCACAUCUUUACAUCUUCUUCUGCUCUCACAGAUGAUUUCAGAUACACAUGAAGUGACAUUGCCAUGGUGUUUUCUGCAGAUGUGUUGUUUCUACAUAUUUAGUUGUGUUGAGUUAUGCAGUUUAACAGCUAUGGCCUAUGACAGAUAUGUCUGUAUCUGUCAUCCUUUACAUUACAAUGUUUUUAUGAGCAAUGAGAAAGUAGGUAAGAUCAUUCUGCUUGUUUGGAUUUAUUCAUUUUCUAGCUAUAUUUUCUCAUUUUCAUUCAUCAUUCCUUUAACAUUUUGUGGAAAUGUCAUUGACAAAGUGUUUUGUGACCAACAGUUAAUAAUUAAACUUGCAUGUUCACUCUCACUACUUACCAGUAUAUCUGACCUGCUUUAUGGCUUCAUGACAGUGAUUAUUCCAUUUAGUCUCAUUUCAGUCUCUUACAUGAAGAUUUUGCGGGUUUGUCUAAUUGUGUCAAAAGAAAGCAAACAAAAGGUCUUAACAACCUGCACACCUCAGAUUGUCUCACUGUCAAUCAUUUUUUUCUACGCCAUUUUUCAUUUUGUGGGAUCCAGGUUUGAUAAUAGCUAUUUACCAGGUAAAGUGCGCAUUAUUUCAUCCAUAUAUGUCCAUAUACUUCAACCAAUGAUCACCCCCUUUAUGUACGGACUUUACCUACCCCAAAUAAGACAAUCGUGUAUAAAGCUUCUGUUUUACAGAAAAUAAUUAUUGUACACUGUGAUAAAUGUUAUUUCAUGCAAGUGCUUCACCAUUAAAAACAAUUUGAAAUCAGGAAAUAAUUUCUCUUAUUGUGGCACAGAUGUAUUUCCAGCAAGGAGACUUUUAUCUGCUUGGAGACAAAGAAAAUCUAAGCAGUUUUAUUCUGCAGUUUUUGUAUGUCUUUUCUCCCAUUGACUUUGUUCAACUGACUUCAACAGUUUCUUAAUGAUGAUUUAUAUGACGUUAUUACAGUCGUGCUGUAACAGCAAGCAUCCUACUUUAUGUGUUGAUAGAAUUUGCCACCAGAGGUCAGAAUCAGACCGGAUUGUAAAUGUGUGAGAACUCCUCACAUGAGGUCCGUAAAGCUACAUGGUGACUGCUGGGCCCAGUGCAGGAAGGCAUACAUAAUGUACUGGACCAAUGACACUGAAGCAUAGUCAUCAUGUUUGAUUUGGCAUUACACAAAGUGAUAGUUACCAGCAGAUCUUUAGCAUCAAUAACUUGACCUCACGUGAACUAAUUCAACACAUCAAGUUGUGUCUGAGGAAAUGAGUUCGCUCGAGUCCUAAGUAGUUGUUGGUCACAAAUAUACUCAACAAAAGUAUGCAUUGAGUCUUAUUGAUUACUGCAUGCUUUUGAAGUCUGUCACAAAUACACAAAGUAUUUUGGAUGUCAAAAUAAACGUGAUAAUCUUUGCAAUUAUUGUGGUCGAGAUUAUUGUGAUAAAAAAUGUUAACGCAGUUAAUAGAACUUUGUUUACUUCAGUUGCAAACGGACCACUUUACGCACUGCUAGGGCAACUUUGACUCCUAGGAACCUCGAUGUGACACUUGACAGCCCACUCUCCAUCACUCUUAACAUU